AUGGAUGAUGCUAUGGCUGAUCAAGAUCCACCUUCAUCAGGAGGAGACCUGAAGGAUGAUACUUUAGGCCCCAACGGUCUCGUCAAAACGUCUGAGUUCAUCAGGCUAAUCAUCGACGCACUUACCUCUCCUGGAUUCAACGCCAUCGCUACCGAGUUAGAGAAACAAUCUCGCAUUCCUCUUCACAGUCCUGCAGCCAAACAGUUUCUUGAGCUAGUAAAGAACCAAGAAUGGUACAAAAGCAUUGACGCAAUGAAGCAGCUUCAACUGUCUGAUGAAAACUCUGUGAUACUACUCCUACUAGAGCAAAAGUACCUCGAGUUUCUCAAGAACGAACAAGUCCCCGAAGCUCUCAACACCGUAAGGGAAGAGAUCACACCUCUUGGUCUUGACCCACGUCUCCUUCACAAGCUCGCAUCCAAGAUUCUCAAGCCAGAUCCUGUUGGUGAAGAAGAAGAUACGGAGGUUGUGAAGAAGAAACUGCAAGAGCUGCUUCCUCUUGGAGUUAUAGUCCCGGAGAGAAGGCUGGAGUAUCUCUUAGACGAUGACCUUGAUACUCAGCGGGGGCAAUGCGACUUCCAUAAUGUUCAAGAUAGUGAUUUGUCCUUAUUCUCUUAUCAUUACUGUGAUAAAAGAAAAAUCCCUUCAGAGACUCUCCAGGUAUUGAGUGAACAUACGGAUGAAGUCUGGUUCUUGACGUUCUCACAUGAUGGCAAAUGCUUAGCUUCUUCUUCCAAGGACAAAACAGCUAUUCUCUGGGAGAUGGAUGCUGAAGGGAAGUUUACUCAAAAGCAUAAACUUGUGGGACACGAGAAACCAGUAGUAGCAGUAUUAUGGAGUCAUGACGAUCAACAAGUCAUUACAUGUGGAGAAAACGAAGUCAUCAAGCGCUGGGACGUUGGUUCAGGACAAUGUGUUCAAACCUAUGGAAGAGUUGAUGUUGGUUCCGUUUCUUGUGGUUGGCUUCAUGACGGUGCAGGUGUAAUCGGUGCAAUGUCAGACAGACGGAUCCAUCUGUGGAGUUUAGAUGGGACUGAGAUGCAGCACGAGCAAGAGCAAAGGGCGCAAACGCUUUCUGAUGUAGCCAUGACGAGUGAUGGGAAGUGGAUUGUAAGCGUGGGGAAGGAGCAGCAUGAGAUCUCGUUGUUUAGUAGAGAAACCAGAGCUGAGAGAGUGAUACAACUAGAGGAGAAAGAGAUGAUCACAUCGUUCUCACUUUCUAGAGACAACAAGUAUCUUCUUAUCGACCUCGUUACACAGGAGAUCCAACUCUGGGUUAUAGGAGGUGAUGAACCGUUCUAUCUUUCGGAAUACGAUGGACACAAGCGUACUCGGUUUAUUAUCAGGUCUUGCUUUGGUGGGUAUGAUGAAGAUUUCAUCGCUAGUGGGAGUGAGGAUUCUCAGGUAUACAUAUGGCACGUAGCAAAAGGGUUGAGACCUUGUCGUGUGUUGCGUGGACAUUCAGGAGCUGUGAACUGUGUGAGUUGGAACCCAACUGAUAUUCAUAUGCUGGCUUCAGGGAGUGAUGAUAGAACCAUCCGGAUUUGGGGACUUGCCAAGAAGUAG